AUGUCCAACAGCAGCUCCAUCAGCCAGUUCCUCCUCCUGGCAUUCGCAGACACACGGGAGCUGCAGCUCUUGCACUUCGGGCUCUUCCUGGGCAUCUACCUGGCUGCCCUCAUCAUCACCGCCAUCGCCUGUGACCACCGCCUCCACACCCCCAUGUACUUCUUCCUCCUCAACCUCUCUGUUCUUGACCUGGGCUCCCUGUCCACCACUGUCCCCAAAGCCAUGGCUAAUUCCCUCUGGGACAACAGGGCCAUUUCAUACCCAGGAUGUGCUGCUCAGGCCUUUGUCUUUCUCUUCUUCAUUGUAGGGGACUAUUGUUUUCUCACCGUCAUGUCCUAUGACCGCUACGUUGCCAUCUGCAAACCCCUGCACUACGGGACCCUGAUGGGCAGCAGAGCUUGUGUCCACAUGGCAGCAGCUGCCUGGGGCAGUGGGUUUCUCAAUGCUCUGCUGCACACGGCCAGUACAUUUUCCCUGCCCCUCUGCCAGGGCAAUGCUCUCGACCAGUUCUUCUGUGAAAUCCCCAAAAUCCUCCAGCUUUCCUCUUCAGAGUCAGAGUCCCUCAGGGAAGUUGGGCUUAUUGUGGUUAGUGCUUUUGUUGUUUUUGUUUGCUUUGUUUCCAUCGUGCUGUCCUAUGUGCAGAUCUUCAGGGCCGUGCUGAGGAUCCCCUCUCAGCAGGGACGGCACAAAGCCUUUUCCACGUGCCUCCCUCACCUGGCCGUGGUCUCCCUGUUUGUCAGCACUGGCAUCUUUGCCUACCUGAAGCCCCCCUCCAUCUCCUCCCCAGUUCUCGAUCUGGUGGUGGCAGUGCUGUACUCAGUGGUUCCUCCAGCAGUGAACCCCCUCAUCUACAGCGUGAGGAACCAGGAGCUCAAGGGUGCCCUGAGGAAGGUGAUUUCAUGGACUUUUUUCAAUACUGAUAAACUUCCCAUCUUUCUACGCAAGUGA